CUCUUUGAUGCUACCUGAAUUAGAAAAAAAUAAAACAUUCCAAGAAUAAAAAUAUUUCAUUCUGUCACCAUAUACUUCAGUCAUGAAAUGCAAUAAAUCUUUAUAGUAACACAAAAUACCUACACCUUACAAUGAAAUGACCGUCCCUAAUGCGUUAGCAACAUGACCUUAAUAAAAAUGUGUUGUUUUCCGUAAUAACAUCAAUAAAGUUGAUAUAAAAAAUGGCGUGUUGCUGCAAACCCGGAAAAUCCAAUAAAUCAGCAUCUAGUUGCUUGGGGCGGUGUGAUCUACCAAAGCACAGAUGUUUGGUCAAGGAAGACAUCAAACCAGGACCCGUGCCCAAACACAUGGGAUGGUUGUACACCGCCAGAGAUGCGCCAGAACAUCAAUUAAGGUGUGGAUGGCGUCCCGGUCAUAUUUCAUGUCCAGUGCUCAGAAAAAUCGAACAACACAACUGCUUCAAAGCCGGUGAAUGUGCCCGAUGCCCGUCGACGUGCUCGCGUCCGUCUUGCUCCAAGCCGUGCUGCGCGCCACCAAAAUGCUUCACCAUUUGCCCCUCGUCGACGUCCUGCUGCAAGCCUCCCGUGUGCGGACAACCUCUCAUCAGGAUCAUACGACACGCCGGCCAAUACAGUAUCUGCACCAAACCUUCAAACAUGACUAACGCCCCAUCAGGACCAUUCCCUUUGAAAUACGUUUUAAAUACCGAUGAUGAUGAUAGCUCGGCGGCUAAUGCAAAAUUUAGUGUUGAAGCCAAAUUCAAUGACUACCACUUCGACUACACUAGCUCACAAACAUCAUUUGUAUUAGAUUUCUCCCCACCUGAACCAAAAUGCUAUAAGCCUUGUCCUAAAAAAAGUAUAUUAUGCAUGUCUUGUCAAACAGUUAACAAUUGGCCGGCUAAAUGAUGUCAGAUCAAUUUUAAUUUUAUACAGAUCUGAUAUGGAAUACCCACUUAGCAAAUGCAAAUAUUCUAACACAGUAUCAUGUAAUAAAGUACAAUAAAUAAAGAGUAAGCAAAUGCUAUUCCCAAUAGUGUAAUAAAAAAUUAUCUAAACAUC